CACCUCUUCUUGUCUUUUCUGAACAUAGCAAAUCCAGUCUUUCUGAUUAUUUGUCUACUAGCAAUGGCUUCACCACAAACCAUCUAUCUCGCCGUCAGUCAGGCACACACCCUCGCCAGCACCCCGGAGACUGUUCAGGCCUUGUCCCAGCAAUGUCGGCAAGCAGCCAAGCAGACCCCAUCACCCGAUCUGAUUCUCUUUCCGGAAGCUUACAUUGGAGGCUAUCCUCGUGGGGCGACCUUUGGAGCCAAGGUGGGAUCUCGAGACGAUGAAGGCAGAGAACAAUACCUGAACUACUUCAAGGAUGCGGUGGAUCUGGGCGAUACGCCUGAAGGAGCGGGGGAGAAGUGGGUGAGAAGGGAAUUGGAGGGGCAGGACGGGAGUGGAAGUGGAGUCCGAAGGGGCGAUGGAGUCCGCGAGGAGCUGGAACUAGUGGCUCGCGAGACGGGUAUCUUCAUCGUCACUGGAUUGGUUGAGAGGGCUGGGGGGACUCUUUAUUGUGCGGUAGUAUAUGUCUGUCCCAAGUUGGGAGUGAUUGGCAAGCGGAGAAAGGUCAUGCCGACAGGAAGUGAGCGUCUGGUUUGGGGCCAGGGGCAGCCCUCGUCGCUCCGUGCUGUGACUACCACCAUCAAAGGCGUGAAACUCACCCUAGCAGCUGCUAUCUGUUGGGAAAACUACAUGCCGCUGUUGAGGCACUCCCUCUACAGCCAGAAUGUCAAUCUCUAUCUAGCCCCUACAGCCGAUCAGCGUGACGCUUGGGCCCCUCUCAUGAGAACCAUUGCCUGCGAGGGUAGAUGUUUCGUCUUGAGUGCCAACCAAUGCCACAGGAAGAAGGACCAGCCUGCCUGGGUUUACGGGGAAAAGUCCGAGAGUGAGGAGUUUGCCACCAGAGGUGGUUCUUGCAUCGUAGCUCCGAGCGGGGAUAUGCUGAAAGGGCCGCUGUGGGAGGAAGUAGACGGCAUGAUGAUGGUGGGGGUGGACUUUGAUGAUUGUCUGAGAUACAGAUUGGAUUCAGAUGCUGCUGGAAGUUAUUCGAGCAGAAAUGACUCUUUUAAGUUGAUUGUGAAUGGUCUUGAUAUCAGUCCUCCUCUUUAG